AUGAGUUAUCCAUUGAAUAACCUGAGCCUGGAGAACAUUGCGAAUGUUAAAAUAAAGGCUUACAAAAAUGUAAAUAUAUAUGAGGACAGGGAAGGAAAAGAAGGGGAAAAUGAAAAUUUCUACAAUGUUUAUAUUUUAACAUAUAUAAAACAUAUCGUUAGGAUAAAAGCAAAUUUGGCUUUACAUGGAGGAUUAUACAGUAAUUAUUUCGAAAAAUAUGAAGAAGAGUCCAUCUCAAACAUAAUGUAUGAAUUAUUAUUAAAUAAGAACGAAUUGGACAAAGAUGAUAAGGGUGAUAAGGAUAAUGAGGAUAGCAAGGAUAAAGGGAAGUAUGGGCAAAGGAGUAAUAAGGACACAAAGCCGAGUAGCAUUAACCAAAGUAUCAUAGGAGGAAAAAAGGAACAACAACCAAGAGAAACCGGACUCCCUGAAAGAGGUAACCUAACUGAGGAGGAACAGAAAAAAGAUUUGAAUUACUCAAUUAAAGAAUUGCUAAAAAAGUUAAUUAAGUCAUACAAGAUUAGAGAAAAUAAAAUAUUCUUAGUUACUGGAAUGUUAGGGUGUGGGAAAACUACCUGCGUGAGCUUAGCCAUAGAAUAUUUUAAUAAAUUUUUGCAAAUUGAAAAAAAUAUGAACAAUAAGAAUAAUAGAAAAAAUGUUUUAUUUGUUUCCCCUGAUGAGGGUAUAAAUAAAAAGAUAUACAAGAAAACUCCCUAUAUUAGUAGGAAUUACCAACAAGAGGAUUUGAAUACGUCUGACUCUACACCAACUCAUGCUAAGAAGAAAAUCAGGAUUAACUGCGAUGAACCGCUUUUUAAUUUCACUCCAAAAAAGAACAAAAACAAUGACAAAAUGCUGGAAAGUAAAAUGAUAAAAAAUAGAAUAACAAAAUAUACCAAAACGAGUAACAGCACGGUAAAUUCAAAUGAAUCCGCUUCAGAGAGUGAGGAAGAGAACCUGAUUAAAAAAAAUUGCUCUUUUAAUUUGAGGGAAAAUAUAUAUAAUUCAAAUGUUGCACAGAUAAAUGAUAACAUAAAAAAUAUUUUCGAAAAUAAUGAUUUAUCUCCACUCAGAAAAAAUGCAAAUAUAAGGAACAAAAUUCAAUAUGAACAAUUGUUUAAAAAAAAUAAUAAUUAUACUAAAGAGGAGGAAGCAGAUAGUAAUGAGGAAAAUUCAGAGUUUAAUGAAAAAUAUCGAAAAAUAGUAGAAGAAAUUAAAAAAGAAGAAAAUGAAGAAAGAUGUAUUUAUACAAUUCGUAUUAGUGCAUAUCUAUAUAGAGACGAUUUACAAUGUAUAAAGUCUAUCUUAACACAGUUAUAUAAUUACAUCAAUACAGAGGAAAAGAUGGAAACUAAUUUAUUACUAAAUGAUUAUAUUAUAAUAUUAGAGCAAUUGUUAAUUCAAAUAAAUAAUGAAAAGAAACAAACAUUAUUAAUAAUAGAAAAUGUGGAAAAAUUUUGUUUACAAAAUAAGCAAAAUUUAUUAUAUACCUUAUUUGAUUUACUACAUAAAAGAAAUAUUUCUAUUAACAUUAUCUGUGUAACUAACGUAUUAGAUAUUACUCAAACAUUAGAAAAAAGAAUUAAGUCUAGGUUUACUUUUGAAAUGUUACAUAUAUCUCCUAUUUUAAAUAUAGAAGAAAUUUCGAAAUUAGUAUACAAAAUAUUGUAUGUUAAUUUAGACGAUUUUCAUCUUAUUAAAAAAUAUUAUUCUGUUUAUUUUACAUAUUCAGAUUUGAUCAAAAUUCAAAAAUUUUUACAAAUAUAUAAUUCUACUAUGCAGAAAGAAAUUGCCGAUGAACAUUUGUUGAAACAGUGGUCAUACGAUAUAAAUUAUGGGCUCGACAUAAGGCAUAUAUACCACACCUGUGUAGACGCGAUUCUCUCCAUAUGUGAGUACAAGCAUAUCUUAAAUUCGAACAGGCGUACAUUUAAGAAUAACACACUUCUGGAUUCUUACUCCGGUAGGCACGCAUACGGGGGGGAAGUAGAAAAUGGGGAAGAAGCGGAAAAUGGGGAAGAAUCAGAAAAUGGGGAAGAAUCAGAAAAUGGAGAAGAUUCCUCUAACGUAUAUACUAAAGGCAGUUACUUAACAGGAGGUAUAACCCUUUCGUGUAAUGACACACAUGCAAGAGAAGUUGAUAAGGGCAUGGCUGAUAUGAGAGAAAUGGAAUACGAUAAUUAUGGGGAGAGCAGAAAAGUAGGUAACCUAAGCAACUUAGGGGAAGCAAUACCAAGAAAAGGUAAGAAGAACAAGAAUAAUAAUGAUAAUUUAUCUUCCUUCGUUGGUGCUGACAAAUUAUGUUUCUUUUCCAAAGAGAAAAGGGGUAAUGUAGAAUAUUUAAGGGAACGACAAGGUAAAUUAGAUUGCACUCCUGUAAAAAGAAAUUUUAACAGCGGGAAUGACAGUGGUAAUGAUAGAGUUGGUGGUAUUGGAAGUCGAAGUGGUAAUGAUAAUGUAAGGGAUCCUGAUGGGGAUGCCCAUAGACAGGAAGAAAACUUCCACUUUGAUAUGCACAUGGAUAUGAGUCCGCGUAAAUUAAAGGAAAACAUAAAAUUCAAAAGUAAUACGGAAAGCCAAUACAUAUUGAACAACGUUCAGUCCAAGUUUAUUAGGAAGCAUUAUAUUAAAAAGGUGUUACGUGAUCUAUGCUCAAUUGAGUAUAUGAUAUUAUGUGCUUUUACAAGGUUAUAUAAAAAAGAGAUAUUACCAAAAACGUUGUAUGUAAUUAUAUUAGAAAUAAAUAAAUUUAAACAAGCGUACCCACAAGAACAAAUUAUCGGCUUUUCAGUAGAUGCUUACAGAAGAUCAUUCUUUAGAUUAGUAGACUUAGACAUUAUCGUUUUAUCCUCUUAUUCAUUAAGCCAUUUGAAUAUCAAAAAUUUUAGUAACGAUUCCUUUGGGUUACAUGAACCAACCAAAUUUCCUUGUUAUGAUAUAUUUCUGGAAAACUUGGAAUCCUAUAAUUUAAACCAUAAUCUAAUUCAGUGGGUAAAGCACAAUACCGAGGUUAUGCAGUAG